UGUCUCUCUCUCUCUCUCUCAUCUCUCCUCUGCGCGAGAGCGAGCAGGGUUGGGGAAACCCUAAAACCGAUAUGGGGAAAUUGAUCUGUGAUUCGACUGCAGUCACCGAAUCCUUAAGACCGCCUCCUCUACUCCUACCUUGGCCGGAUUCGUGCAUGCCGGCGGCGGGAGUGGGUCCCGAAUCGGUCUCGAAUGGGGGGUGGGACGCGGUUAGAGGGCUUGAGGAACAACAGCGGCGAAAACUGGAGAGCAUUUGCGCGAGAGGGGUUUACUGGAAGAAUACGCAGGAAGGUACGGUGGCUACGGGGAUGGCGUUCAGACUUUCUCACGGUGGCGACGUGGAGAGUGAUGGGAACUGCCUCUUUACGGCGGCUAGACGGGCAAUGGGAGCCAAGCUUGGGGUCAGAGAUCUCCGACUGAGGACGGUGAGGCGGUUCAUGGAGGACCACGGAUCGAGCAAUGGCCCGGGUAGAGAAGCUGCCGAUGCCGCCGUCCGCCACCUCUACUCACCCGAUCUACAGGUAGGAUGGGGAGUCCAUGUUGUUCAGGAGGUGAAGCUGCUCGCUAGGAAGGCGGAUCGCGAAGCGCUUGACUCUGCCAUACAGGAACUUGUAGAUCUAGGCCUGCAGAGGGAAGUUGCAGCGCAAUCUAUUUACCAGGAAAGAUGUAUUGCAGUAAAUGAUGUGCAUAGUUGGGCUAAAUUUAUGUCCAUUUCUGGCUCCAUGGAGGAUGAGUAUGACAUUAUCACCCUACAAUAUACAGAGGAGGGAUUAUUAACCAUAGAUGAGAACCGAGAUGGUCGUGCUGCGGCUUUUGGAGAUGACAUAGCAAUUGAGAACUUGGCAACGGAAUUCAAGCGUGAAAUCUUUGUGAUUCAAUCCCAUGGGUCUGAUGCGAUGGUUGAUGAAGAACACUGCGUCUUCUUUUUCCCUCACCGUCCGAGGGGAGAAAUAUGCGAAAGUCCACUUUUCCUUUUCAUGAAAGGGACAGGUUGGUCUGGUGCUGGGGCUGAUCAUUACGAGCCUUUGUUGGCCAGUCCUAUGCCGCUUAUCUCCCAGGAAAAUGCUGCUUUUGUUCUUUGAGGAUUUUUUCAAUCUGAGCAAUUUUGUGAUUCAAAUUCUUUUGUAGUUCCUUUUUUCCUGAAAAUUGUUAAUUUUUGAGGAUGGAAGAACAAUUCCGGCUGCUUGACAUCUACUGAUGCUAACAAGAACAUUGAUUUGAGAGGAUUAUGUUAACCAUGGGAGUGAUUAAACCUUUAAUUUCCUGUACUUUGAUUUUCUAUUUGAGUGAUUGAAUAA